AUGGCUCGCCGAGUUGCACGGAGUUCGGCCUCCGCUUCCAAGCCGCGCACCGCACGCAAGAAGAACCAGAAGCGCGGCCUCGACGCCUUUACUAUUGCCGAGCGCGAAGUUGGCGACAACACCAAGAUUCGCCAGCACCGCCUGGGUGAAGCCGAGGACGACAACCCCCGCCGCAAGCGCCAACGCGUUGACCACGAUGACGAGGCCAGCGAAGAAGACGACCGCCCUUCGAGGCCCCGUAAGAAAUCCGCCAAGGGCCGUUUUGACGAACUGGAUGUCAGCGAAGGCAGCGACUCCGAUGGCAACACUUGGCGCAUGGGCGAGGUCGACGAGGAAGACGACAGCGACAUAGACAGUGACGAGGCCUUUGACGAGAGUGAUGAGGAGAGGUUUGCCGAUUUCUCAUUUCGCGGUAGCUCCACCAACAAGGCGAAGAAGGGCAAGACCAAGGCUGCGAGGCCAGUGGACGAGGAUGGCGACAUUGAUCUCGACGAGGACGAGGAGGGCGAUGAAGAGGACAGCGACGACGAUUCGCUAGGCUCUGAGGCUGUCGAUUUGGCGCAAAUGCUCGACGACUAUGAGGAAGAGCAAAACCAGGCCAAAUCGAAGGGCAAGAGGUCGAACAAGCAGCGGAAUAACGUCGACGACGACAGCGAACAGGAUGACUCCGACGAAGACGACGAGGAGGAUGAGGAAAGCGAAGCCUCUGAUUUCCAGAUGUCGGACGGCGAGGACGACGAUAGGGACGAGGGCAAGCUUUCCCAACUUCAAGACUUCAUUUCAACUAUCUCGCAAGGCCCCGAGACGAAAAACAAGAAAGGUCGUGCGGAGGACAUUCACGAAGGCACGGCACCAUCGGAAUUUGGGGUUGGUGCUUCGCAGAAGCUCGACAUUGGAGACCUCCUCGCUGGAACCAACGACCCCAAUGCGAAGAAGAUCAUAAAGAUGCUCAAAGACAACAAAUCAUCAACCCGCAAGGGUAUUCCAGGCAAAUUGGAGGCGCCUUUGCCCAAACGUCAGCAGGACAAGCUGGACCGUGCUGUUGCGAACGAGAAAGCCAAAGAAACGCUCGAACGCUGGGUUGAUACGGUCAAACAGAACAGGCGGGCCGAACAUAUCUCGUUCCCCAUCAGGGAUCCCGAUGCGCAGGAGCCUUUGGGAACUAAAGCUUUUCUCCCCAUCUCGGCCUCGAAGCCGGCCAAUGACCUGGAGAGCACCAUCCAAUCAAUCAUGGAAGAAAGCGGCUUGUCAGUAGGAAAGAAGUCGGAAGACCAGAUUGCCGAAUUUGAGGAGCUCCAAACGAACAAAAUGCCCAUAGAGGAGGUCAUGGCUAGACGUGCAGAGCUUCGCAAGGCUCGAGACCUUCUAUUCCGGGAGGAAGUGCGCGCCAAGCGACUAAAGAAAAUCAAGUCCAAGUCCUACCGCCGCGUUCACCGAAAGGAACGGGAACGCCUUGAAGAGCAAGAGCGGCAAGCUCUUGCUGAGGCUGGCGUUGAUAUUUCGGAUGAGGAACGAGAGCGCAACGACCGCCGCAGGGCUGAGGAGCGCAUGGGAGCGAAACAUCGUGAGAGCAAGUGGGCGAAGGGCAUCAAGGCUACGGGUCGAGCUGCGUGGGACGAAGACGCGCGUGAAGGUUUGACUGAGAUGGCCCGCCGUAACGAGGAACUUCGUCGCCGGAUCGAAGGCAAGGAUGUACGGGACGAGGAGGAGGAGGAGGAUGUGACCGAUCUCAGCAGCGAAGAUGAUGACGAAGGCGACUCAUAUGCUGAUGAGGCUCGGAGGCUGAGGCGUCAGCUGGACCGUGUUGAUGCGGCGGAUUCAGCUGAAGGUGGUGGCCUUUCCAAACUUGCUGGAUUGAAAUUCAUGCAGCGCGCUGAGGCAGCACAAAAGGCACGCAAUGAUGAAGACAUUGAGCGCGUGAGGCGGGAGCUGGCAGUAGAGGACGGCGAGAAGGAAUUCGAGGAUGAUUUUGACCAGCCUCAAUCGAUCGGACGGAAGGUUUUCGGCCCAUCAUCCAACAAAGGAACUCAACCAAGCAAGAAACCGGUCAGGAACGAAUUCGAAGAGCAGCCUGGAUCGGACGAUGAAGCGGACGAGGACGAUGAGGUCAAGUUCGUUCUUGACAGCAAGAACCAGCAGUCAAAAGCGCAAAACAAACAGAAGAAAUCCCAAAAGGGAGGAUUGAAUCGCAACAUGACUUUGGCCAGGCAACCUUCGGAGGAGCCGCAGGACAAUUUGUGGCUGGCCGGCCCUAGCAAGGGAGACACAAAGUCGAAAUCCACGUCACGCAAAGGAACAUCAUCUGGUUCUGGGCCAACGCUGGAUGUAUCAGGAAGCGUUACUUCAAACACGACCGCGCAACCAAAGGCGAAGGUGAAGGCUACGGAAGCACCAGCUCCAACAGAUGCAGAUGGCUGGACAGUAGUCACCUACCGCAACCAAGAAGGCUCGGACGAGGAGUCGGAGCAGGAACCCGAAAAUCCCUUCGUUCUCAGAAAGGAGUCGCUGGUCGAGAAAGCAUUUGCAGGCGAUGAGGUUGCAGAGACGUUCGAGGCCGAGAAGCGUGCUAUCGAGAAGGAAGAGGGUGACAAGGUCAUCGACAAUACAUUACCUGGAUGGGGAAGCUGGACCGGCGACGGUCUCAGCAAACGGGACAAGAAGCGCACCACGAGACGUUUCUUGACAACGGAGAAGGGCGUGGAGAAGGACAAGCGCAAGGACGCCAAGCUCAAGAAUGUGAUCAUGAACGAGAAGCGUGUGAAGAAAAACGCCAAGUACAUGGCGUCAUCUUUGCCCUUCCCGCAUGAAUCCAAGCAGGUGUACGAGUCGACACUGCGGCGACCGCUGGGCCCAGAAUUCAAUACCAAGCAGGUGUUCCAGGACAGCACAAAGCCGCGGGUCAUGGUCAAGCCAGGCGUUGUCAUCAAGCCCUUGUCAAAGCCACUUGCUUAG